AUGCGGUCGCCCACGUCCUUUCUCUGCGAUCGGCAGAUGCAAGCUUUUGAUGGGCGGCAGUUGGCCGCGGACUUUGACACGGAAGACCUUGGGGAGCUUGUAAACGUCGUGCACCACGGCCGAGCUGCCCACAAACACUUCACGCUGAGGCAGGAACCACCGACAAGGCAGGUGAGCAAACACCCUGACCUUAGUUCCUGCCCCUGCGCAUUGCACUUCCGGAAAGUCCAGACGGCUUGCAACCGGCAAUUUCAGGGAAUUGAAACACUCACUUUGCGAAUGUACAUGCUGAAGAACCUUCAGUGGUAG